AUGGGAAGAAAUGAGAUAGAGUCCCACGGGUUGACCUAUGAUGUUUUCAUCAGUUUUAGGGGGGAAGAUACAAGGCACAAAUUUAUAGGACAUCUUCGUAAGGAGUUGUUCAGGAGGGGGAUAAACGCUUUCCUUGAUGAUAAGCACCUGGAGUUAGGUCUAGAACUUUUACCUGCUCUAUCCAAGGCCAUUCAAGAAUCUAGGAUUUUCAUCCUGGUCUUUUCUCCCAACUAUGCUUCUUCCACGUGGUGCCUCGAUGAACUUCGUAGGAUCCUACAACUCUCCAAAACCAGGGGCAACAAAAACCUUGUCUUCCCAAUAUUUUACCAUGUGGAUCCCUUAGAUGUGCAGCAUCAGAGAAAUAGUUACAAGGAGCACAUGAUGGAACACGAGCAAAGGUUUGGGACAGAGUCCCAGAAAGUUCGGGAUUGGAGAUCAGCAUUGUCUGAAGUAUGCAACUUGGUACGAGACCCAAAAAUAGAAGAAGGGUCUGAAAUCGAUUUGAUUGAAAAUAUUGUUAAGAAAGUCUAUGAAAAUAUAACUCUGGAACCUUUAGAUAUUGGUCGCAAAACGGUUGGACUUGGGCCCCGCAUAGAAGAGUUGAAGUCACUUCUAGACAUGAACCUUGAUGAUAAUUCUGUACGCAUGUUGGGCGUUCAUGGAUUUGGUGGAGUUGGAAAAACAGAACUUGCAAAAGCAUUGUAUGACGAGAUUGUGCAAAACUUUGAUGCUGCUUGUUUUUUAGCUGAUGUUAGAGAGAAAUCAAACAAAAUCAAUGGCUUAGAAGAUCUACAAAAGACACUUUUAUCAGAGUUAUAUCCUAAAACAGACUUUGAAGAUGUGUCCUCGCGUGCUGUAGGUGUUGCCAAGCGUCUUCCACUGGCUUUAAAAGUAAUAGGUUCUGAUUUGGCCACUCUUCGCGAUAAAAGUCUAUAUGCUUGGGAACGUGCAUUGGAAGAAUACGAGAAGAUUCAUCCAAAUGAAAUGAUUCAAGAAGUGCUCAAGACAAGCUAUGAUAGACUACAUGACAAUUCCAAACAGGUGUUCCUGGACAUAGCUUGUUUCUUCAAAGGGGAGAAAAAAGAAUAUGUUAAAAGGAUACUUGAGGAAUUUGGUUCGACAUCCAGUAUUAAUGUAUUGUGUGAUAAAUCUCUCCUAACUAUUGAGGAUGAUUGCUUGAAGAUGCAUGAUCUAAUACAGGAUAUGGGUAGAGAAAUUGUAAGGCAGGAGGCACCAAAUUAUCCUGGUAAACGUAGCAGAUUGUGGGAUUGUGAAGAUGUUAGAGAAAUUCUAACUGAAGAUUCUGGGAGUAAAAAGAUUCAAGGAAUAAUGUUUGAUCCUCCCCAACGAGAAGAAGUAAAUUGGAGCGGUAAUGCCUUUGAGAAAAUGAAAUGGCUUCGAAUUCUCAUUAUCCGAAACACAACCUUUUCACCAAAGCCUGAGCAUUUGCCAAAUCAUUUGAGAGUGCUUGACUGGGAAGAGUACCCUUCAAAAUCUUUCCAGUCGAGAUUUCAUCCAAAGAAAAUCAUUGUUUUCAAUAUGCCUAGAAGCCAUCUAACAUUGGAAGGGCCAUUUAAGAAUUUUUCAUGCCUGACUAACAUGGAUUUCUCUGAUAACCAAUCUAUUACUGAAUUGCCUGAUGUGUCGCAAGUUCAAAAUUUAAGAGAACUGAGACUUGAUCUUUGUGGAAACCUAAUUGCGAUUCAUUAUUCUGUAGGGUUUCUCAAAAGACUUGUCCAUUUAAGUGCUUCAGAAUGCUCCAAACUCAGUAAUUUCCCGCGAAGAAUGUUUUUACCAUCUCUAGAAUUCCUUGACCUUAAUUUAUGUGGAAGUCUUGGACACUUUCCAGAGAUAAUGCAAGAGAUGAGUAAGCCAUUGAAGAUUUAUAUGAUAUAUACCGGAAUUGAAGAACUUCCAGAAUCCAUCGGUAAUCUUACUGGACUUGUUUAUAUAGACAUAUCAAAUAGCAGGAAACUUCAAUAUCUACCAAGUAGCUUAUUCAUGUUGCCAAAUGUUGUUUCCUUUAAAAUUGAAGGAUGUUCUCAGCUUCGAGAAUUCUUCAGAAGAUUCAUCCAUACCCUUUCAGAAGCCAAUGUUUGUCCAGCAUUACGAGCACUUAAUUUGGGAAAUUGUAACUUGGCAGAUGAAGAUCUAGAGAUUCUUCGUUACUUUCCAAAUUUAGAGGACUUGAUUGCAUCAGAGAAUAACUUUACCUCUCUCCCAACAUGCAUCGACAAAUGUGUUGACUUGAUAAGUCUUGAUUUGAGCAGAUGCAUAAAGCUGAAAAAAAUUCCUAAAUGCACUAAAUUGAGAAUUCUUGAUGUUAACCGUUGUUACAAUCUUGAGGAUAUUUCAGAGUUACCAUCUACUAUUCAAAAAGUAGAUGCAAGAUAUUGCCACUGGUUAAGUGAAGAGACGUCAAACAUGUUAUGGUCUCAGGUGGCGAAAGGGAUCCGGGGAAUAGAAGUGAUGAUGCCCUUCACAACGGAGUUUCCAGAAUGGUUUCACUUUGUGGAAAAUGGAGCGAAUCCUCAUUUCUGGGCUCCUCGCAAGUUCCCCAACAUUGCUCUGGGCAUGGUCUUCCAAAUCCAAGAUGAGAGGAGGAAAAAAUUUAAAUUUGAUCGCCAUCAAGUUGUUCACCUACAGUUACAUAUCAACGGUCAAUUUGUUCCUCGCAAAAGGUAUUACAGCUUCAGAAUAGAAGCAGAACAUGUCUUAAUCUGUGAUCUACGAGUUUUGUUCAGUGACGAGGAGUGGCUUGGGCUUGAUGCACUUCUAGAGCAAGAGUGGAAUCUGGUCCAAGUUUUGUAUCAAGCCACCUCCUCAUUGUCGGUUUGUCGUUGGGGAGUUUUUGUCGACGAAGGAACCAACAUGGAAGAUGUCCAAUUCAAUUGUCCCGAUCUCAAGUAUUCAGAAGAGAUGUCACUGCCAAUAGUUCCUAUGACAGAUCCUAUGGAGAAAUAUAUAAUGAUGAUAGGGAACCUAGGUCUAGGAGAGAUAUUUAAGAAUGCGAUGAAUGAAUAUCUGGACAACGAAGAAAAGCGGGGUUUAGUACACGACAACAGUAUGAAUACUCUAUUGGGAAGAUUUAAGACUAUAUCAGAGGAUUCUGAGGAUGCAUUGAAUUCAAAUUUGUCUGCUUUAGAAAAUCCAAACUCCAUCCUGAGGUUGCUCUUAGAUUCAAUAAAAGAUGAUGCUGAUGAUGAAAAGCCUAAUGUGUUUUCCGAAGGGCUUAAUGAAGUAAAGGAUCCAGUUCCACUGAUGAAGGAGAAUGUAGGAGAAGCUUCAACCUCUGACCAUCAGGGAAGUAGUUCAGAGAAGGAGCAAGACUACGAUCCUCUGCUGGAAAAAAUGAAGUUUGUACAUUAUGAAGGAAUGAGGGAUGGACUUCUUGAGGCAAAAAAAUGCUUCCCCUCUCUAGACAUUGAUGAAACCUUGAAUGCUGUCUUGAACAAGGGUAUUAGGAUUACUUUGCCACCUGAAGGGGAAAGCCAAAUACCCUAUGAUGAAAUUUGGACAUACACGAGUAGGAAAGACGUUAGUGUCCCGAAGCUUCCGCAGAUUGAUUGGACUAAUGUCAUACCACCUGAUCCUUUGUUCCUGGUCAUGAAGCGACAGUGUCCGGAAUCUCAGGCCGAAAGUAGACACUUAAAGAAAAUGGAGGAACAUCAAGCUCUUCGCAACAGGUUUGUUCAACUCGAGGAUGAAAAGGAAAAUGCUGCUUCGGAUAAUGGUGAUUCAGAAACAUGGAAGAAUCGAUAUGAUAAAUUGAUUCAGAAACUCAACACUCAAUCUGGUGAGUUUGUUGCAAAGAAGCUUGAUUGUAGCGAAGACUUAGAGUCUGCUUCAACUAGCACAGACUUGUAUAGAGACAAUGUCUGCAAGUGUGUGACAAGGUAUGAGAAAGUGAAUGUUCUUCUGAAAGGGCGAGCUGAAGAGUUGCGGAGGCUAUACUAUGCUGGGAUUGAAGGCUACCAGAACUCUGAGGAGUUUCAAGAUCUGAUGAGUGCAGUAUACUGGAAUGGACUUGGAGAUGGAGUCCUUGAAGCACAGGCCAUCUCAAUUGCUUUAUGGAGGAAAAUGCUUUAG